AUGCCGGGUAAUAAUCGAUUACUCAUCGCAGCUGUAAGCUCGCUACUUAUGAGCUCAGCUUUUGCCGGGGCGGUUUAUCCUAGGGACUUAAAAACAGGGAGUACUAGUAAUGAUGGAAUAGCCCCUCGAUACCAAGAUUCAUCAAGCAAUACUCCAAACACACUAUCCACAGCCGCAAGAUUCCCAAGAUACAAGCGACAAGAAGUCGCACUAGAAGAAGGCACCGUAGUCGCUUUGAGUGACACUUCACCUAUAGAGGAAACAACAGAAGAAAUCAUCGAGAGUGCCGAAACGACGACGAUUAUAGAAGAACCUCACAAGGAUUCUCCAGGUUCUGAUGUAUCAGGUCCACCACCGGGUGGUAGAGUCCUUCCUCCUAAUGAUUCCCAACCCGCAAUGGGUGAGGAACCCCUACCGGUACCCCCAAGUGGUUUAAGCGAUGACUUCGCAGCCGAUGCUCCGCCAUUAAUGCCAGAUGAGAGCGGCGAUCCCAAAGAUGACGCUGCUACUGCCCAGCAGAUCAUCGCCGAGUCUAGGAAGGAACUUGAGGAUGAUAGUCCGGAAAUGAGUCAAGAAGAACUUGAUAAUUUGGCCACCGCGGUCGAACUCAUUUCUGCCGACCUCUCCAAAAGAGAAGACCCCGCGACGGUUAAUGUCGAAGAACAAGUAAAAUCCCAGAUGGGUGACUGGGACAGCCUAAGCGAUGCAGAGAAAAGAGAAGCCCAUGAAAAGGCUUUAUAUAACAGUGCAACUCAAGACCUUCAGCUCACUGCCGUGGUGGGUAACUUAGUCGGUAUCACCGAGAAGAUUGUUAACGGUGAUGUGAAAACAAAUGCGACAGAAGGGUUGGUGGGCAUCAAAAGCGAGGAUGUUCCGGCAAAUAGCACCGUCGCUGAUGGCUCGGUCGAAACCGGCGGGUCUAGUGCGCGUCUACGCAAGCGUUCUUUGAACAAGCGGUUCGUCCUUCCUGGAGUAUUAAGACUUUUGGGGAUCGGGGUCGAUGCGACCAUAGGCCUUGGGUUUCGAUCACCUUUAGCUAGCGUGGCGGUCGCUCUAACCACGGGAAUCGGAAAGGCCACAAAUGCCGAACCACCAAAGCCGCAAGAGAAGAUAGUGUUCGUUGAAAGAGAAGUGCAAAGACAGCAACCGCAACAGGAAUUCAAUCAACCUUUCCCACAGCAGUCUUUCCGCCAGGAGUCCUCUCACCAAUUUGAACGGCCACCAAUUAUUCAACAUGAAUCGUACCAGCCCCAAGCAACGGUGCCUGGUUGGGAUAAUAUAUACCGGCAAAACCAAGGUUUCGGGGCAAACGGCGGAGGGUUCACUCAAACGCGGCCAUCUUGGAAAAAGUCCCGUAGACGCAUCAGAUAG